AUGGCGGUAUCGUCUGCUAGUAAAGUAGACAGCAGCGGCGUGAUUCUUCUCCUGCUCCUCGGCUCUCUGCUGCUCUGCUUCCCAAGCGCCGCAGUCGGCGCGGGGCACACGGCGCUUAGGUCACAGGGAUUCGUAUCGAGCCGGACCAUAGCGCACACGAUCUGGACGUCCGGAAGCACGUUCCUUCGCGGCAAUAUAAAUGGUGGUAAAAGGAGCAACACGGGCAGCACUGCCGUUGCUGCUACUACAACCACCGGCGCUACAACCGCAGCUGCUGGCUCCGCGGCUGCUACAACUGCGGCGGCGGGCGCGGGGUGCGCGGCGUCGGCGCUAGAGGGGUUCGCGUGGAGCGCGCCGCUGGGGUCCAGUCUCAUGCUGCAUUGGCGCGCAGUGGACUCGUCGCGCCUCGCCUUGGCGCUGGAAGCGGCGGGCGGCAGCGCGGCGGCGGCGGGAUGGUUCUCCGUGGGUUGGUCGGCGACGGGCCGCAUGGCGGCUUCCGACGCCGUGGUGGGCAAUCUGGCGGGCGGCGCAGUCCAGGCGGUGUACAUGAGCGGCACAGCGCAGAGCGACGUUCAGCCCACAAGCAGCUUCGAUAUUGGCAACGCGCAGCUCGCCACGUCACCCUCGGGAUCCACCGUUCUCAAGUUCAAUCGCUCGGUGGGAGAUGGCUCGGUGCCGGUGAGCGUGCAGGGCAGCAACACACUCGUGUGGGCGCACUCUAGCGACGGCUCGCAGACGCUCGGCUUCCACGGCGACUAUGAUGGCGCGCUGCAAGUGGACUUCGCGUGCUCCUCUGCCUCGUCCGGAGGGGGAGGGGGUGGCGGCACUGGUUCUUAG